ACAACGUAUAACUUGUUUAGAAUUUAUUUAAUAAAUUGUACCCACUUCCGGGAUCUGCAUACUAGCAUCUAAACCAAGAAGACAACAAGAAUUGUUCACAAAAAAAGAUACAAAAAUGGUUGAUCCGAACCGCAAAAUCAAUCGACUUUCGGACAAAGACACAAGUUUCUUGGACGAGUGUGAGGCGGAGUUCGCAUUGCGCUACACAACGGACGAUGUCGAAUUUAUGGCACAUUGUGCUAAGGCAGAUCCUGAGCCGCCACUAGUUGAGAACUGGAUGGGAGGAGGAGGAGGAGGAGGAGACCGGGCAGGAGCCGGUUUCUCUGGCCAGUAUAAUAAUCGCUAUAAUGGCGGCCAGCGGCGAGGAGGCGGCGAUCGCGGCUGGCAAAGACGCGGUGGCUACAACCAUUACAAAGAUCGAGGCUUCAGAGAUAAUCGUCGUAAUCGCAAUGAACCUUAUCAGCGCAGGGAUCGAGGUGGCAGCGGAGGCGAUUUCAAUUCGGAGCGUCACAUGGAAUAUAGGAAUCGCAAUCACAAUGAGCCAGCAGCGCCACAAAGCGGUUCCCCUAUGAAGGUCCGGCGUGACUAUGGCAACUUUGUGCCAGCGUCCAAAGAUUAGUGUUUAGCUGCAACUGUUCCACUUGGUUAUCAUUAUAAGCAACACACACACACAUGAAUAUAUUUUUAGGUGUAUAUUUCGAGUUGAAUGCAUAAAAUGUUGACUGUAUUCUUAA